AUGACGGUAGAGACGUUGCUGCAGUAUAGGUACAAAGAAGACGUGCAACGCUCUCAAGACGACUUGAGGGUAAUUUUGGAAAUCACACCUUUGUUCGUGGAGCUCUUCUGCGGUCCAAAAGACGCGGCCGAGUAUGUCGAAGGUGACGUGGAUGGAGAUGAAGAAGGCGAGGAUCUGGAGGUCGAUGAUUCUGAGGAAACAGCUUGUGAUGCUGACGACGUGUGGGCACUUUGA